GUUGAUCGGAGGUGGAGAAGGACUCAUAUGCAGGUUUUUUCAAGGCUUCUUGAGCUAUGAUACUAGGCGUUUUGUCUUCCUCCUGCUGUCUGGGAAUAAUUUGUAACAAGACAUGGCUGCAAUAUUGAGUGUUGAGUCCUGAAGGGAGCCAGUCAGCAAAUAAAAGUAUCAGAUGUAAAAUACCGAUGGGUGGAGAGUGGUGAUCCUAAACGCCUGGCAGGUCUUUGCCCUUCUGAUCGAUGUGUCACACAGCGAGGGGCUGUCAGCACCCCCCGCCACAGGCCGAACAACGGACAUCAGCACCGAUUCACCAAACCCCACUCCUCUUGUAGGAGGAGGAGGGGGAGGUGAGAGGGCAGAGGGAGGCCAAGAGGAGAGGCAAGUUGUCCGGGAACUGUGGUUCAUUGUAGUGAUGGCAGGCAUUGCCCUACUGCUGCUGGCCAUCGUGCUAGCUGUUGUGCUUCAUAAGGCCCUGAACAAACCCCCAUUCAGCAGAGAGAGACCUCCAUUGGUGGCCCUGUCCAUGCAGAAAAGGAGUCCCAUGGCUAUCUACCCACCCAGCAACUCUAUGUUGUUUGAUACUGUGCCUGACACAACAGGCUUCUCCAACAGCGUAACGCUCAAGGGCUUCACCAUGAAGAUGGAGGAAGUGCUGGAAGCUAAAUGUGAGCCUGCUGAUGAGGAUCCUCCACAGGGUGAGUUGGGCAUCCUCAGUGUGAACUCCCUGAGGCGCAGCGUCAGCCAGGUGAUGGAUGGGAAGUCACUCACUGGAGACGAUGACGUGUGGGACCCCAACAUUUCAGGCCAUGACAGUGGGAUGUUUAUGGAUGAUGAAGAAUUUGUAGAUACAAUCAAAGGUUUCAGCACUGUGAGGAAGGAGCACACCAUGUUCACCGAUACUAACCUGUGA